AUGAGUAUUCUUCCAGAUGUCAAUAUGGUGCUUCAAAAUUUUGAUCUUCAGAUCGAAGAGGUCUCAAUUGUCGAUAUGGUAUUUCAAAAAUUUGGUCUCCAGAUCGAAGAGGUCAAGAAUUUCGUUUUGGAACAGUGUAGAUCGGCAAAACCUAGCGAUUAUGUUGAACUGAAAAAGAAUAGAUACGGACGUGUGCCUAGACCGCUAAACAGCUGGAUGAUAUUCAAAACUGAUUUUCACAAAAAAUUGACAAAAGAAGGCCUUUAUAAAAAAAUCUGCAAUACCUUUAACAUUCCAGGCAAAGAACGCUUGCACAUUGUUGUGGCUCUAGUGAAAAGAUAUUGGGACGGCAUGGAUAAAGAUGAUAAAGACCUAUUUAAAAAGCUUGCCAAUAAAGUAGAAGAAGAAAUGAAAAAACGUGUUCCUGAUUAUAAGGGAAAAAGAACCAGAAAAAUUUCUAAAAAUCCUUUCAGACCUCCCUACGAUCCUGAUUAUAGGGAAAAAAGAAAAAAAGAAACUUCUGAUUCUUCCAGACCUCCUUACAUGCUAAGGUCCGAUAAAAAAGAGCCUCAUCCAAAGAAAAUGCAAGAUGAAAAUCUUUAUUUGCUUUGUGAGCCUUAUAGCUCAUAUUUAGAGCUAGAACUCC